UUGGCAAAACUGAACGCAAAACCAAAACAAACCAAACGUUUCAUUCAUAUAUCAAUCGGUGGUUAAGACUCGCGCGGAUCAGCUCUUUGCCGAUCAAUUGAGUGACACAGCGAUGGCCGACAGCGAAGCCAAAGGCAACCAAUACUUGGCUGAGGCCCAGAAGAAGCUCAAGUCGUCGCAGGGCUUCUUCGGCGGUCUACUCGGGGGUGGUUCCCGUCAGGACGAGGCACUGGAGCUCUACGUUCGUGCGGCCAAUAGCUUCAAAAUGGCCAAGAAGUGGAACGCGGCCGGCAAUGCAUUCUGUGAGGCGGCGCUCUUGCACCUGAAGAAUGGCAACAAACACGACUCGGGCACGCAUUACGUGGACGCCGCCAACUGCUAUAAGAAGGCCGACCCCCAGGAGGCCAUCAAUUGUCUGAUGAAGUCGAUUGAGAUCUACACAGAUAUGGGAAGGUUUACGACGGCAGCCAAACACCACAUGACUGUCGCCGAGAUCUAUGAGACGGAUCUCCCCUCACCAGCGGUCGAUAUCUACGAGUCGGUGGCGAACCAGUCGAUUGAGUCGCCGCUCCUGAAAUACGCGGCCAAAGAGCACUACUUCAGAGCCGCCCUCUGCCACCUGUGCAUCGAUCAGCUGAACGCACAGUUGGCUGUGAAAAAGUAUGAGGAGAUGUACCCGCAGUUCUCGGACAGCCGUGAGUGCAAACUACUGAAGCAACUGCUGGAGCGCCUGGAGGAGAACGACGUGGACGGCUAUACGGCCGCCAUUCAGGAGUACGACUCCAUUUCCCGUCUGGACCAGUGGUACACUAAUAUAUUACUGCAGAUUAAGAAACAGAUUGAGUCCGACUCGGACAUGAAGUAG